GUGUCGUCGACCUCCACCUCUAAAUUGAGCCUGGUUUCCAGUUUCUCUCUUCUUUGAAUUUUCACUUCAACGAGCUUAAUGUGAGCCAGGGGGACAAAAUUCACUUCUUUUCCCUUCUCUCACCUUCACAGUGCACCUCUCCACUAUAUCACAUUUAGUUUUUGCUCUUUAAUUUUGUGGUACCUCCUUGGAUACUUGGCUUAAAGCACGGCUUCACCUGGGCACCCCUUUUCUGAAGUCUCACGAGACGGCACCAAGAUUUCUUCUGCAACUUUAACGCACAUCAGGGAUACUCCACCGACAGGAAAACAUUUUUUUUCUUGUUCAAAGAAGCGUUAAAGUAACACAAUGAGUCUCAAAUCUGAUUCUGAGCCGAACAACAAUGUAUCAUUAGAAGAGGAGGUACGAACACUGUUUGUCAGUGGCUUACCAGUUGACAUCAAACCACGUGAACUUUACCUGCUAUUCAGACCAUUCAAGGGGUAUGAAGGAUCACUCAUUAAGCUGACUUCAAAGCAGCCUGUUGGGUUUGUUACCUUUGACAGCAGAUCUGGGGCUGAAGCGGCAAAAAAUGCAUUAAAUGGCAUCCGCUUUGACCCCGAGAGUCCUCAGACCCUGCGCCUUGAGUUUGCCAAAGCCAACACAAAGAUGGCAAAGAGUAAGCUGAUGGCCACACCGAACCCCACAAGUAUCCACCCUGCUCUGGGAGCACACUUCAUUGCACGGGACCCGUAUGACCUAACUGGAGCUGCACUGAUCCCUGCAUCUCCAGAGGCAUGGGCCCCUUACCCCCUUUACACCACUGAACUGACUCCUGGUCUUCCCCACGCAGCCUUCACCUACCCUGCAGCGGCGGCAGCGGCUGCAGCCCUCCACGCCCAGAUGCGCUGGUACCCCUCACCAUCUGAAACUUCACAGCCUGGAUGGAAGUCUCGGCAGUUCUGUUAGGUGUAUAAUACCAUUUCAUUGCCGUUUUUGUUGUCCUCCGUGGGGAGCAAGUUGUUACCGGGCUCAUCGUUUUAAUUUAAUCAGGUUUAUUUAAUGGACAGAUGCAUUAUGGACUAUUUUCCUUGGAUAUCUUCUAUAAAGGACUGAGAACAUCUUGUGGAUAUUGAUCUGAAGCUGGGAUCUCUUUGGCAAAAACACUUUCGACGGUACUGUCUUUGCAUUGUAAGGCCCCAUGAAGGAUAAGUCUUUGUAGAUGUGAGUGAAAAUGUUCUGUGCUCAAAUUUAACAUUCAAGCUGCUCUUUAUGGUGUGUGGGUGUGUGUGUGUGUGUGAGAGAGGGAGAGAGAGAGAGAGAGAGAGAGAGAUGGGGUGGGGGUGUGGAAUAAUCAUUAUGCAUGACAAUCAUUAUGCAUGCCAACUAUAUGGCGUGUCUUAGGAUGCAAAGUCCUUUUGUGUGUUCUGUAGUGCUUGUGUCGCCAUAGUGUGAGGUCUCGGCGCCCCUAUGUUUUCAGUAUCUAUAGUUUUUGCUUCUGUGAAGAUUUUUUUUUUUGCUUCAGUUGCUUUCAUGUCUAACUUUUCAAGGAAAGAGGCCAACAUCUUGUUUCAGUCAAGACUUUUUGUUUGUCUGUUCAGAACAGAUCACACAUGCACUGCGUUUUCAUUUUCUGUAUUUUGAUUGUAAAACUGUCCAGGAUGGGCAACUGUGUUUGGUAACCCACCUCCUCUUGACCUUGAAUGCAUUCUUCCCCCAACAACCUGAUCUUGCCAAAAUACCAGUAUCUGUGUCUUGAAUAUGUCUGGACAACAAAAAUAAGUACAAGUAUUUUUGUACAUUUAUGUAAUGAAUAUUUAUGCAUUUUGUGCAGUUAAGUAAUCUGCAUAAAAUGUUUAGUCUUCCCUUGUGUUAUUUUGAUAGAUGUUUCUGUCUAUAUCCUGUUUUGAAGUAGAAAAGUGCAAUUUAUUUUUAUUUGUCUUGGUGUUAAGUACUGAAAUAUUCUUACUGUGGCAGAACUGCUAGUUUAAAUGGACUGCUAACAUGAGAUUGCUGUUUAAAAAAAAAGAAAAA